AUGUCAGCGCUCGUGGAUUACCCCACUUUUUCCGAUAGCCCGUUCUUCUUUGACCGGCGAUACCUGCACAUCCCCCAGGCCGAGAGCGCGCGCAUCCAGGAGCACUCGGCGCCAAAGGUCUCGUACUACCAUCCCAAGGAUGUUGGCAACUACCACUACGGCGAAAGGCAUCCAAUGCGCCCACAUCGCCUUGAGCUUACCAACAAUCUGGUGCUGGGAUAUGGUCUGCACGAGAAGAUGUCAAUAUACAACCCUCCCAGGGCCACAGAGGAUGAGCUGCGCGAGUUCCAUGACGCAGACUACGUCGACUUUCUGAAGCGGUGA